AUGCUUUCUGAGGAUGAAGAGGAGGAUGAAGAGGAGGAGGAGGAGGAGGACGCUGCUGGAGCAGAGGAAUCAAAACAUCUCAGCUCGGCUAGCAGCAACUCAAGGAAGAGGAAGAAGAUAGCGAUGAUAGUGACUGUGAGAGCAGCUGCCCGGCCUGUCCGUCUCGUCCAGCGGCCUCUUCCUCAAGCCCGCGAUGCCAGCAGCAGUAUAUAUAGCCAGCGGCAUCAACGACCGCGCAGCCAGCUUCAGCCCGCGCCAGCCAAUCCCUUAAACCCUUGCAGACAAGACGGGAGAAGCAGCAGCAUAAAAAGCAAAGAAGAUGCACGCGAAGAAAAACCUCCUUCUAACCGCCGGCCAAGCACCAGAAGCUCGUUCUGUUUCAGCUUUAAAAAGAACGCUGAGACGGGCUUCUGGCGGCCAAAUUUCAUGCCUUGUACAUAUGUAUAUCCUACGGCGUCUCCUGGCCCCCAGACCAAAGCUGCCCCAGCGACUGGCAGCCAAUUGAUCCUUUACUUCUGCAUGCCUUUCAGACAGAAAGGGGUUUCCCCUUGUUCUGCUGUUUUGGGUGCCAAUAAUAGCUUUGUCGGCAUCAAACAAUCUGCUUCCAUACUCCGUACACUCCAUAUGAUCCGCGGGACUGCGAUCUGCUCUGAUUUGAUUCUUUCAACACGAAGAAAGACCCCCCUGAGAGAUGCUGAUUGCUGGGGAGAGGUUGCCACCAGUACCACUACCAGCCACCGCCAACCACCCGUAGCUACCGCCCAGGAGGUGUGCCUGCUGGUCCUGCUGGUCCAGCUGGGUGCCUUUGCCCGGAUCGAGCCGCGUGGUGGUCUUCCCUUGGGCCGAAAGAUAGAGGGAGAGCUUGUGGAUGAGGUCAUACCCACAGCUACUCUACGGUACCGGCCAGCAUACCAGCAGCGUUAUAAUUUAGUCGGUGAUGCCCCGGAAAUAUGCCCAAAAGGACACCAAAGCAGUAUGGCUCAGCGGAGAGUCAGCUUCUUAGCCCAUGGCUUCAUCAUCAUCCAUAAAACGGUAUUUUUGUUCUAG